AAUUUGACUGACUCGAAUUGGGCGUUUUGCAUGACUUUCCAUGUGGCCCGGCCCACUGUGUCGCGCACUCGUUGAGCAUCACGCGAGGCUUUCGGACGUCCUGAACGGUGGAAGUGGCUUCGAAAAUGGACAACAACGCCACAGCGACGGCUUUGAAGGGGAUCGGACGAAAUCAUAGCAACUAUGUGAUACCCGGACUAUACGAUCUCUCCACGGAGGACACCAACUGGGUGCUGACCUCCUCCUUUAUCAUAUUCACAAUGCAAACGGGCUUUGGCAUGCUGGAGUCUGGCUGUGUGUCCAUCAAGAACGAGGUCAACAUCAUGAUGAAGAACGUGAUCGAUAUUGUGCUUGGCGGCUUCACCUAUUGGCUCUUUGGCUAUGGCAUGAGCUUCGGCCGUGGACCGCUCUCCAAUCCGUUCAUAGCCAUAGGAGACUUUCUGCUUGAUCCACCCGUAGGCGAUGCCCUAAUGGGUCAAAUAUUUGCUGCCUUCCUGUUCCAGCUCUCAUUUGCCACCACGGCCACGACCAUUGUGAGUGGCGCCAUGGCAGAGCGUUGCAACUUUAAGGCCUACUGCCUGUUCUCGUUUCUCAACACGGCCGUCUAUUGCAUACCCGCUGGCUGGGUGUGGGGCGAGCAUGGAUUCCUCAAUAAACUUGGCGCCGUGGAUAUUGCUGGCAGCGGACCCGUACACUUGAUUGGUGGCGCCUCGGCCUUUGCUUCGGCCGCCAUGCUGGGACCGCGUCUGGGCCGCUACUCCGAGGGCUUUGAUCCCCUGCCGCUGGGCAAUCCAGUCAACGCCUGCAUGGGCCUGUUUGUGCUCUGGUGGGGCUGGCUGGCCUUCAAUUCGGGCAGCACUUAUGGCGUCAGCGGCGCCAAGUGGCAGUAUGCAGCGCGAGCGGCCGUAAUGACAAUGAUGGGCUCCUUUGGCGGCGGCUUCAUUAGCUCCAUAUACUCCUUUUGGCGGCACGACGGUGGCAUGGACAUCAUGGAUCUCAUCAAUGGCGUGCUCGGUUCACUGGUGUCCAUCACGGCCGGUUGCUUCUUGUAUCGCGCGUGGGAGGCCUUGGUAAUUGGAGCCAUCGGCUCGUUGCUCUGUGUGCUGGCCAUGCCCCUGUUCGAUCGCAUGGGCGUGGACGAUCCGGUGGGGGCCAGUGCAGUGCAUGGAGUAUGUGGCAUUUGGGGUGUCAUCGCCGUGGGACUGUUUGCCGACAAUCCUAUACCACUGGACACGACCAAUGGACGCAUGGGUCUGUUCAAGGGCGGUGGCUGGUACUUGCUGGGCAUUCAGACCCUUUCGGUUCUCUGUCUGACCACCUGGGGCAUUUGUUCAACCUGCCUGCUCCUCUAUGUGAUCAACAAGAUCAUACCCAUACGCAUGGACCCGCACGAGGAGCUGCUGGGCGCCGAUCUCACCGAGCAUCGCAUACGCCACAGUCAAAUUGGUCUGUCGCGUGCCAUCUCCGCCCUGGCGCCCAUUAAAAUCGAUCUGAAGAACAUAGCUGGAGUCCAGCCAAUUGGCAUUAAUCCGGGCCACGAGCGCAGCAUCGAUCAACUGCGUGCGGCCGAGGAUAAGCUCCAUCAGUGGCAAUCCUACUUGGAGCAGGUGAGCAAUCCGCGUAUAACCCGACACAAAUUGGUCGCCGAUUCGGACAUCAUCUUCAAGCCCAAGUCGCCGGUCAAACUCCCGGGAAGUAUUUUUAGCCGCAGGCCACUCACCCGAGAGGGCAUCAGCGAGGGCUUCUAUCGUCCCAACAAUAGCGAGCUGCCCGUAAUUGGGGCUACUAUAUCCCAUAAGCUGGACAAGGAUCCAAACUUUGCUUGGGUUGAUUAGUGUUACGAGAUGUUGUAAUAAUUAUACGCCCAAAUAAAGACAUGUAGUGUAAACUUUAGAAUGAGACAAAAAUUAGAUUGUAGCUCUGAAUCGAGUACAUAUGUACUUGUCCAUACUUAUAAUACGCAUUAUACCCCCAACAUGUAAGCCCUUUCUAACCGACAUCUAAAGCGCCAAUAUCUAAAAGAAGCUUAAUGUACG